ACGUGCUCCAGAACUUCAGUGUAAAUAAAACAUGGGCGGUAGCCGUUCAAGACGUGUGCUGGGGAGUAGAUCCUAUAAAAAUUAUUCGGCUCAAAUGUUAGACACCGCAGUGGAUCUGGUAAACCGCAAAAUUAUUUCAUCUUUAGAGGCAUCAAAGCAAUUUCUAAUUCCCAGAAGAACAAUAGACAAUAAAGUGAAAAAGAAACACCCAAAAAAGCCAGGAGCUCAGCAACGACUUACUGCUGCCGAAGAACUAGACAUAAUAAAAGUACUCACCGCGGCAGCAGAUUUUGGGUCACCUGUAUCGAGAUUGGAACUUAGGCUCAUCGUCCGCACAUACUUGAACAAAAAUAAUAAGGGGCAUUUGUUUAAACACAACCUUCCUGGAAAGUGGUGGGUUAAAAAUUUUUUGAACCGCCAUAAAGAAAUGCUAACAGAAAGAGCCGUGCAAAACAUUAAAAGAGUUCGCGCUUCUACUAAUACUGAUGACUUUGAAAAUUAUUUUGAAAAUUUACGUAAAUCUCUUGAUAAAAUACCGGCUAAAAACAUUUUAAAUUAUGAUGAGACUAAUCUCUCGGAUAAUCCUGGUUCAACGAAAUGUAUUUUUAAACGUAAAGUAAAAUAUCCGGAACGUAUAAUGAAUACUUCCAAAGGAAAUAUUUCUAUAAUGUUUGCUGCGACGGCGGAUGGUACUCUGUUACCUACAUAUACCGUUUAUAAGGCUGAGCAUUUAUGGACAACGUGGUGCGAAAAUGGGCCUGGCAAAGCGCGAUAUAACAGGAGUAAAUCUGGUUGGUUCGACUCGACAGUUUUCCAAGACUGGUUUAAUUCAGUUAUCAUACCAUGGGCAGACAAACUGGAUGGUCCAAAGUUGAUUAUAGGCGACAAUCUUUCAAGCCACCUUAAUAUUGAUAUAGUCAGUAAAUGUGAAGAACGGAACAUAAGAUUUACUUUUUUACCACCAAACUCAACUCAUAUAUCCCAACCACUGGAUGUGGCAUUUUUUGGUCCCUUAAAAAGAAAAUGGCGCGAUAUUUUGACCCAAUAUAAAAUACAUAAUCCAGCAGAACCUCAAAUUAACAAAGCCCACUUCCCCAUGUUGUUAAAAUCUCUAUUAGAGGCUAUAGAAAUAAAUAGUAAAGCAAAUAUCUGCGCUGGAUUUAAGGCAACAGGCAUAGUGCCUUUUAAUCCCCAAACAAUAUUACGAAAGAUACCCGAUUAUGAAGAGCAAAACAAUUAUACAAUCGAUACCGCGCUCUUAGAUUAUUUGAAAGCCAAUCGUACAGCGAACCCUCUACAAAAAUUAAGAAACAAAAAAUUAAAUAUUACUCCAGGUAAGUCUAUUUCCUCUCAAGAAGUUCAGUUAUUCAUGACGAAAAAGAAAUCUAAGUUAUCUAGAGAAACAAAUCGAAGUAACAUUAACGAAGCUCAACAAACUUUUCUUGAUCUAGAAACGAAUCUUGAUGCAGAGCCAGUGAUCGAUGAGCCUAAUUCAAAAACCCGACCAAAGGUUACUAUUCUUUCAGAAGUCAGAUUUAGUCCAUAUAAUUGCGCCUAUGCAGAUUUGACAAAGAUGCUUCCACAGAAUCUUAAAAAGGUAGAUAAAAGCUACAACAUAUUCAAAUCUGAAAGUAAGGAGAAUCUGCCCGUAAUUCAACCUGAAGAAGAAUUUUUAGAGUACAUAGAUUACGAAAACCAAAUGCCAUCAACGUCUGCAGAUAAUAAAAGGUUGAUACUUAAAAAACCGGAGUCAUGUAAUGCAAAAAAGAAGAUAAAGAGAGACAAUAGUGACGACAAUAGCGAAAAUAGUGACAGUUAUUCCUUAAGAGAUACUUCUGAAGAUGAAUGUUUUAUACCAUCGGAAUCAGAGUCAUGUGAAGAUUUUGAAGAACAAAAUGUACAAAAUACAGUGAAAAAAUGUGAAACUCUUCGGAUUGAUAGUUACGUUUUAGUUAAAUUUUGUGGGCCAAAAACCAACAAAUACUAUGUUGGAAAAGUAUUGGAUAUUAUUGAUGAUUCUGGUAUGUAUGUUAAAUUUAUGAGGAACAGAAAGGAAGAAUUUUAUUGGCCACAUAUCGAUGACAUUAGUUAUACAGUAAAAAGUGACAUCGAAAUUAUCCUAGGAAUCCCUCACGAGGGUCGAAGAGGUACUUUAAGAUUUGACUGUAUCGACUUUUCAAAGUAUAAUGUUCAAUAAUAUGGUUAUGUGCCCAUCGGUAUGUCAUUUAUGAUGAUUCCUAAAUGAUUGAUGAAUGGUGAAUGAUUUUAUAAUUAGGUACAUUAAGUAUUUUCAUAUUUAAUGAUAACUUAAAAAAAUUUAACCCCAAAUUUUGUCUUAUGCUUGAUUAUGUUUCUUGUUACAACUGAUUAACAAAGUCUUUGCUUUAUCUUGAACACUAAAUAUUUUUUUUAAAUUUCUUGGGCUCUUAUCAUUUUAGUCUUUGGUUUUACAAAAUUAUCAAGUUUACCUUACAAAAAAAAAUUGAUACUUUCCUUUAUGUUAUUGUGAUUUAUGUCGAUCUCAUAUCCUCGUUAAGGGUUUUUUUAUUUAUUGAUAAGUUCAAAGAUUUUAAGUUCCUAAACACUAUCAUAAGAUUGGAUAAGUUUAUCAUUGUAA